CAGAGACACUCCUUACCUGGCUCGAUGUCAGCUGCCAAGCCGCUGAGCGACAAGAGGCCGAGCUACAACGGACAUCAGCAUGCCGGCUGAUCACCUGCUCAGGGGAUCCGGGUCCAGCCGCCCCGCCUCGGCCAUCCAGAGGGUCUCCAACAUGGACUCCAACAAGACGAUAUCAGUGUCCCGCCUCAGCAGUGAGGAGAUGAAGAGGGACAUGUCUGCUCCGGACUCCUCCUUCCUUCCCCUGAUGGCUCUGAGUGCUGCUUCCUCUCCUCUCUCCCUCUCCUCCUCCUCCCCCCCCCACCCUCCUCCAUCACUCCCACCGGCCCCGCAGCCGCCUCAGGUAACUCUCAAAUCCUCUUUAUUAGAAGAGAGGAAGGACCCGCUGUCGGCCCUGGCCCGAGAGUACGGAGGCUCCAAGAGAAACGCUCUGUUAAAGUGGUGCCAGAAGAAGACGGAGGGUUAUCAGAAAAUUGACAUCACAAACUUCAGCAGCAGCUGGAACGACGGGCUGGCUUUCUGCGCCGUGCUGCACACCUACCUGCCGGCUCACAUCCCCUACCAGGAGCUCGGCAGCCAGGACAAGAGGAGAAACUUCACCUUAGCCUUCCAGGCUGCAGAGAGCGUGGGCAUCAAAUGCACUUUGGACUUGAAUGAGAUGGUGCACACGGAGCGCCCCGACUGGCAGAGCGUCAUGACCUACGUCACCGCCAUCUACAAGUACUUUGAGACCUGAGACUCUACUGUCCUGCAGCACAAUCAGAGCCACGCCAGCCCUCCUGAGCUCCCAGCAACUGUAAUACCUCACCACCUACGCUCUCACACUCACCACACACACACACACACACACACACACACACACACACACACACACACACACACACACACACACACACACACACACGUGGUCCACAGUAUUAAGCGUCGAUCUCUCCUGCUGUUACAGUCUCUCUGACGAUGAGAUCCAGAAACCGAGUCUAAAGGAGCAUCAAACACAAACUCAGUGCCUUUUUGUUUUCUGCAGAUCAUAUUCCUACGACAGCUUUCCGGGUGUUCGGGGGAAUUCCUGCAAAACUGGCUUUUCAGGGCACUCGAAUGAUUCCCCUAUUAGAUUGACUUGUAUUUUCACAUCUUCCAACGUGAGAGACAGCUUCCUUCUCCAUUCCUUCGUCCCACUUUUUGAAAAGCUUUCGUGCACCAAAACUAGUUCAUAUCCAAGUUUUGCUCAUGUUUAGAAGUGGCUGUGUGUCUCCGUCCAACAAGAGAUGUGCGCUUGAAUACUUCAAGUUUCUAAUCCUGGUUCAGAGCUAAUGCACUGCGGUGAAACGCAUGGAUGCAUAUUCCGGAUGUGGUGUGUACAGUACGGAAGCUGCUAAAACCCCAAAUAGGGAAGUCAGAAGUUGUGGUGUGUGUGUCCUCAUGUUCGGGGGGAAAGUGGAACAUCAUUGUGUGUUUUUUUUAAAGAUGGUCCCAGUAUUUCUUCAGUUCUUUGCGUGUGGAUAUUUAGUGAAAGCCUCUGUCUAUCAAAGUGAAAGCCAGUGAUGUUGGAAUUCCCCGAAACGCCUUCAGACAGGAAUUGAUUUCAGCCUUUCUGCACCGAGUCUUCCAGACGUCACCGUUACAUUUGAGCUGCCUUUGUUUUCCUUUUCAAAGCGGACAAAGUGCCUGCGUGAGCUUUGAUGCAGGAGAUAUGUUUGUGAAGAUGAAGAUUUGAGGAGUCGUUGCCAAAUAUGUAUUCGGAGCCUUUUGAGUGUUGGUCAUUUCAAGCACAGAAAAUAUGCUACGUUUCACAACACGACUACACAUUGUAUUGAGCGGCACUCUUUGUAGGUUUUCUUUUCCACUUGAAUAUCAUUUCUCAACAGCGUCUGGAGAUAAUGGCUGAUGUGUGUGUUUGCAUUUACUGUCCUGCACUUAUUCCAUUGGGCACACACAGCAUCGUUUCAUCGUAACCAAAAUAUGAGUGAGUAGUAUUUAGUCUUUUGAUAAAAGUGUUUUAUUUCAAGUUCUGGUUUUAGAUCAGAGAAACUUAAGGGGAUUUUUUUUUUACCAGUUUUUGUGUCAAAUUGGAACUUUUCUUUACAUUUUGCCAAAGUCGAUCCACUGAAAGUUUGUUUUUACCCCCCGCAAACUUACAUUGAUUAUUCAAGUGUCUGACAGAGAGGCAUUAAUCAUAUUUCUUUAUCUGUUUACCUUGAUCUGCUCCCGUAGUCUCUCCCUGAAGUCCCACAUCAGAUCCUCCAGAUAUCAGUGGUUAAAACAAACUUACUUUGACAAAAAUAUGUACAUUUCUCUCUUAAAACUCCACAUAAUUUUCUAACUUAUUGUCCCGAUUAGCCGCUUCCUCGAGUCUCACAUUACAUGUGAAGUCAAUGAAAUCAUUUGUCACUAGCUUUUGUACAAAUGAAGCUAAAGAAAUGCAUCUAGUGUCACUAAAAACCCCAAGUUAGUGAGUUUAAGGGGGGAAGGUAGACGGAUCUGUACAUUUGGACAGAAUCAGUCCUUAAGCUAAGCUAACUAGCGGCUGGCUGUAGCUCCAUAUAAGCAUACUAAUACUCUACAUUCAUUUGUCAGGCAUUUAUUCUAUUGAUCCGAGCCAAAACAAACUUUUAGUGGACGUUACACAUUACAUAUACUACACAUAUCAAUAAUUGCUGUUUGCUUUGACACAAAAACAUGUGGAAACGUUGAAAAGUGACCGUUUCUCUGAGUCUGAUUUGGAAAAAACAUCUCUAAUAAUGAACCUCAUGUUGAGAAAAGUGUGCUCGAGUGUUUGGAAAGAAGCUGACGGUCCGUGCAAACACUUCGUCUCAUUAAAAGAGUCAUUCAGCUGUUAAAAAUGAAACCACUUUAACAUCCGAGUGGUUUCAAUUCAUCAUCUGACCCUCGAUAAGAACAAGCGCAUCUCCCAACCGGUCAAAUUGUUCCCAAAGCGUUGCCAAACCAUAAGUUUAUAGCACAAAAGUUCAAACAAUUCAUCGUGCCAUUGACUUACAUGGUGUGAUAAUGACGGUGCUGUGUUAGAAAGGUCGUUUUUGAAAUUCCUGUGUCACUAAACAUUACUAUAGAAACUCUUUAAAGCACAGAAUGUCAGCAAUAGUCAUUUAUGACACUUUAAAUCCCCAUAUAAGCAGUUUAACGCGUUAAUAACACGUUUUAUUGUAGUUAUAAGCAGCUUUAAGGACAUUUUUGAUGUCAAAUAUGAUAACUUCUAUCAACACUUAUGUAACAUUAUUAUAGUCGCUGUGUUUCACUUCAUUAUCUUCAUAUGGGUGUCCACAGGAGGAGUUAUAGUGAUAGACAUGCAUUGAUAAUCACUUCAACCUACUUUAUAGUGAGUUAUAAACCACCGCUGCAAUUGUUAAUCGAUUGAUCUGAACAAUUAUUGGCAUUUGAUAUUUGAGUUUUUCAUGCAAACAUUUCAGAACAUAUUUAAAUUAGCUUCUCAAAUAUGUUUUUAUGUUUUAUAUCAUAGUAAUGAGAAAUAAUGUGGUUUUCUGACUGAAAAAACAAUGCAUUUCAACAUUUUAUACACUAAACAACGCAUUUAGAAAGCAACAUGCAAUUAAUUGUAAUUGAAAAUAAGCGGUCCUAUUUCAGCCCUAUUGUAAAAUAUUCAUAAAGUGCUUUAAGAUGCUAACAUAAGGGGGUUUAAAGCACCAUGUGAUGCUGUCAGACUGCUUCUCGUGCCUCUUCUUGCCACGUUCACUGUAUUUAUUUGCAUUGUUUCCCGUCAUUGUAGCUUUGUGUGUGUGUGUGUGUGUUUUUUGUGUGUGUGAGUUUAUUACACUGAGAUAAGCUUGUUAUUGUUAUCCGACACUAACUUCCUGCCUUAACACUCAGCCUUCAAACCGCGCGUAUCUGUUCUCCUCAGACAAGGGAGAUACAAAACACCCCAGCUGGUAUCAAUAGCAGAACAUCAGAAACUACAUUUUUGUCUCGAUUUAGAAGCACAUGCUCUGUACUGCGCCACGUCUUCACGCCGUGUGCAUCUGCAACUCGUUAUACCCUCUGUGCAGGAGAGAGGGAGGUGUUCGUGCCAUUUCAUAGGAAUAAUUCACCCUCAUGACGUACGUCGCAGCGUCUCGCUCAUCCUGCAAACGUUUCAAAGUAAAAGUUCCAAUUUGACACAAAAACAUUUACAAUACCUAAGUUAUUACCCUUAACAUUUUAAGAAAUAGGCUUCUAAGUGACUAUGACUAUGAAUACAUACAUUUCUCACUCGUGAAGCCUUGAAUUCUUAGAGAAAUGUAUGUUGUUGUCGGCUUCGUCCACAAAUGCACAAAUGAGGUACAUUGGUGCAACAUUUCAAAGUCAAAGUUCCUAUUGGACACAAAAACAGUGAAAAAAUGGGGUCCAAGUUGAACUAUACCUAAGUUAUAACGCCUACAACUCUGAAAAUAGGCUUCUAAGUGACAAUAUGGCCAUUCAUACAUCAGUUUCCCACUCGUGAAACCUUGAAUUCUUAGAGAAAUGUGUUUUUCUCGGCUUCGUCCACAAAUGAGGUAUAUUGGUGCAACAUUUCAAAGUAAAAGUUCCUAUUGGACACACAAACAUUUCAAAAAUGGGGUCCACAUUGAAAAAAACUGAAGUUAUUACCCUUGAAACUCACGAAAUGAUCUUCUAAAGUGUACUUUACCCAGAAAAUGACUAAUUUAUAAAUCGGUUUCUUACUCGUGUUACCUUGACAUUGCCUCCACGUUGAACAAGGAAUCAGAAAACUGAGAAAGGUUGAUGCAUUGAAUCUAACGAGGGGGGGAAUUGCCUAAUUGAAUUAAAAAAACACCCUGCAUAUUUAGUUGAAUUCCCGUUACGGUAUUACUAAAACCAUAACAUUUCAAACACGUGUAGAACACCUGCAAUAAUGUGAGACUUUAAGGAAAAGGGCAUGUGUUAGUAAAGCAGUGAGACUACGACUGGAUACACGAGUUGUGUUUUGAUUCAGUUGUUAUAAUAUUCUUUAACCGUGGAAGCAUGCAAGUCAAACAGCUCAGUAGUCAAGGAAACACAACGUGAGGAAUUGAUCAAAACAACGUUCAUUUCCUGUACGGAGCAGUCAUGAAAGGGGUUUGUGGUGCCAUGAUGCUAAGUGGUUAGCAUCCAACUGUGUGUUUUCUGCGUGUGUUAUCGCUCCCUGCAGAAAGCCCUGACACAUCUGAAGCCUCUGCUCGCUGGGAAUGUGUUUCUGUUGGACUUUACGAGGUGCAGCGGGAGUGAUAACGACAUUUAGGAGACGUACGCUAAAAGAAUCUCAGUCCACGUUCACGCAGAGCCACGAGGAACACGUAGCGUUAGCACAACGAGCUAAAAACAUUUAAAGGGUCCACUUCAUCACAUUUAUUUUGUCUUUACUUGAAAAUGCUCUGAUCCACUGAACCUGCUUUAGUUUCCAAUGUUGCCUUUUUGUUUGUUUUUUGGUGUGAAUUAUAUAUAUUUUCCUGAUCACACUACAUGCAGUGAAAUGGUCCCUUGAGCAUAGCAAAGCCGUGUGUGUGUGUGUGUGUGUGUGUGUGUGUGUGUGUGUGUGUGUGUGUGUGUGUGUGUGUGUGUGUGUGUGUGUGUGUGUGUGUGUGAGAGAAGGGACUAAGCUACAGUAUUAAGUGCACACUACGAUGAUAAUCAGUUGUAAAGAAAAACGAUGUUUGUUUUUAUGUUGCUUUAUUUUUUGGCAAUAGUUAUAAAAUUAAAAUUAAAACAGCC